UGCUCCCGAGCCGCCGCUGUGCGAGGAACGCAACACUUGCCCCGAAAGUCUGCUCAGUAGCUGGCGCCGCCGGAGCGCUGGCCAUGAGGACCCUGUGGCUGGCGCUGUGCGCGCUGACGGAGCUGUGGUCCCCGGCCCUGGCCGGCUGCACUGAGGCGGGGCGCUGCUGCCCAGGCAGGGACCCCGCCUGCUUCGCCCAAGGCUGGAGGCUAGACAGGGUCUACGGGACGUGCUUCUGCGACCAAGCCUGCCUCCUCACUGGGGACUGCUGCUUCGACUACGCCAGGGCGUGCCCAGCUCGUCCGUGCAUCGUGGGGGAGUGGAGCCCCUGGAGUGGUUGUGGGGGCCAGUGCAAGCCUACAGUGCGCAUGCGGAGGCGCUCGGUGCAGCAGGAGCCGCUGAACGGUGGGACGCCCUGCCCGCCCCUGGAAGAGAGAGCCGGCUGCCUGGACUACUCCACUCCACAGGGCCAGGACUGCGGGCACGCCUUCGUCCCUGCUUUCAUAACUACCUCUGCAUUCAACAAGGAAAGAACAAGACAAGCUUCAUCUCCACAUUGGUCUACCAACACAGAGGAAGCUGGCUACUGUGUGGAGUUCAAGACAGAAUCGUUGACUCAUCACUGUGCUAUGGAAAACAGACCCCUGACUCGGUGGAUGCAAUACCUGCGAGAGGGGUACACGGUGUGUGUAGAUUGUCAGCCUCCUGCAAUGAGCUCUGUGAGCCUGCGUUGUUCCGGCGACGGCCAGGACUCUGACGGAAAUCAGACUCUCCACUGGCAAGCAAUUGGCAAUCCUCGAUGCCAAGGAACUUGGAAAAAACUUCGGCGAGUAGAUCAGUGCUCUUGUCCAGCUGUUCACAGUUUUAUUUUUAUAUAGACUGCAAUAUGGAUAUUUCAGAAUGUGUUUGUAAACAUGUCAGAUCUUAUCAGGUCAUGUUCAACACCUCAUCAGUCUUCAGAAACUGACUGUUGCUGAACGUAUGUCAUUGCCACACUCUGAAAUAGAGAAUGAAAAUUUAGGAGCCAGUUCUCAAGAAACACAGCACCUUUAUUUUAAUUUUUACCAAGAUGAGGACCCACCUUAAUAGUUCCUGUGGUUUCGUGUCCUUGACCUUCCACCUGGAAUCGUCCCACUCAGCAGGUGACGCGUGCAACAGAGCUUGUGUCUACGUGCACUAAAAUUACAAUGUCAUCCUUUGGUGGGUAGAUUGUCAUGUAAGAGUAUCCAUGCUUUGAAUCAUAUUCAUUUUUUUCUGCUUUUAAUUUUUAAAAGCUUCUCUAUGCACUCUUACACAUCCCGAUAUAUUACUCUAUGAUUUCUAAAAUAACAAUUUCAAGCAGAUUUGGCACAAUUUUUUUCUCAUAGGACAGGUUAAGACUUAGUACAUAUUUUAUAAUGAAACUCAACUGCUAUGCCAAAAUACUGUUUUGUAGAAGAAAUUUUCUUCACUUGAAAAAAUCAGCCACAUGUUCAUUCUGGGUGAAUUUGAAUUGAGUUUCUUUUAAAUGAUACUUCAUGAACAGGAAUUUUUGUCUCCAAUGAUGAAACAAUUACUUGAUUGAUGAAAACUCUAUCAUUAGCAUCUAAGAAUCUAUUUCUAAGGCCUGAAACUGACUAAACUCAUCUUUCAGAGUCCAACUUAAAAGUUUAGUUGAAGUAAAUUUACUACUUUUCUUUGUAUAACAUACAUUAUAAAAGGUAUGGAUUUUAUUACCACUUCCGCCCCCAACACACACGCGGGGUUGAAAGAGAAAGUACAGAUUUUAUAAUUGGAAAACCAGUGAACCAGACGAAAGCUUGUUUAAGGAUGUGGAUGAAGCCAUUCUGCAAGUCAGUCAUAGAACCAAUCUCAGUUCCUCAUCCAGAAUCAGCUUGGAUGAAACACAUGACUGCCAAAGGCUGCUGAAAAAACAAGUUUUAAUUUUUUAAACAAACUUUUAUUCUCUUUGGAGUAUUUUUGCUUUGAAAAAUUGAAUUGAGGUUUAAACUAUAUGUGAUUCAUUUGUAUAACACACUCAUAUGGUUUACUAAAAUACCUAUUUACUGGUAGCUAGCAUAAAAGGAAAGAAUGAUGAUAGCAAGCUUACCAAGGCAGAGAAGUCCUCAGUGUUCACUACUGGAGUAACUGUUUCUGAAUUUAUACCCAUAUAACCAUCAAAGUUGUUUUAUGGUAAAUCCUUCGGAAAUUAACAAUAAAAAAUUGAGUCUCAUCAUUGUUAGGAACUUAAAGUUUAGCAUUAACAUUUUAGGGCCAUUUCUAACAUUUGAAAAGCAAGAUUUUUGAAUUUUCGUUACUUAAUUUUUUUAUUCCAGUAAAUAAACUUUGUUCACAUUUUUAAAAGCUCUCUAUUUGUUUGAGCUCUCUAUUUAUUUGUAUAAUUUACUCAAACUUUCUGGAUUGGCCAGAGAAUAAAAAAAAUUUCACCAAAACCAAAAUCCCUUCAGAAUUGAUAGGUAGUUAUAAAGCUAUGGUGUAUUUGAUGCCAACGUGUUUUGACAUUCAGCUUAUUUGUCUGGUAUGAAAUCAGUGCUCACUUGCUGCAUUUAGUAUGUAGUGCAUACUUUCAUAUUGAAUGUAUUUUUUUAAAUUUCAUAUCUUGAGAGGCUUUCAUAGACUUGUCUUAGCUAUCAAAUAAAGGUUUUGAAAAGCUAAUUAGUUUUAGUGAAAUCUAAACAGUUCAUAAGUGAUAUGUAGUCCAACUGAUAAAUGAAAAUGCAAAAAUUUUAUUUUCAAAGUUAAAGCUCAACGAAUUUAAGAUUCCUUUUAUAUUCUUUCUCUAAUGAGUACCUUGCAGUUAAGUACAUGGGCCUCUACAAUGUUUGUCAGUCGUACAGUUUCCUAAUAGCCCCAUUUUCAAAAGUGCAUAUGGAAAGUAAUUUUAAAAAAAAGUAAGAAUAACCACUCAGGUGAAGGGGACUAUAGUGAGGACCAUUUAGAAUAUUGGGGGAAAAAAAGAGUACAAAGUAACAAGGUGAACUAUAAUUAUAGAGAUUUAGGGUCUUUCUUGGGAUGGUUUUUAUUCAAGAAUAUUGUAACUAAGCAUAAAUAG